AUUAAAGGCCCCAUUGCCAUACCGGCAUUUUUAUGUGUAGUUUGAAGAAUAAAGCACGAUUAUAUCACUGCCAUACCAAUAGCAUGUCGCUAAAGUGCAACAUUAAUCGUAUAAUUGGCAAGUCUUCAUGCAAUGACCGGAUGUGAUUAUGUCCCAGCUUUGUACCGCAAAGGAAAGAAGAAGCCGUUGCAAAUUGUUUUGCAGAAUGAGGAAUUCCAAGAUGCUUUUAUUAACAACGUGAAGGAAGCUUUUCCGUGCUUGAACGAUUUGUAUGUAGAAACAGCUAGUUCUGACGAAGAAACAAAUGAAGAUGAGGAUGAUAACGCUUUAUCUGAUGGCAUUGCUGAAACGGAUGUGGAUGCAUUUGACUACAAUGCAGAUCUAUCAGAUGACGUUUCAUUUUUUAAAAAUAAAUUUCAAAUAAACUUGAGUAAGUACUUUUAG